AGAUAUCUGACAAUAAAUUGUAGCAAUUAGAUAGUUUACGGGUGAUAGAAAACCCGUUCACUAUGGACGAAGAAGAAGUGGCAAGGCUGCUCUUAGACUUAAGGAGUGCCUCCCAAGCCCAAGAAGAGUCUGGUGAAACGGGAAUCUGCUAUGAUGAUAGUCAUAUUUUGGAAGGUGACGACAUAUUAAGUAUAGCAAACGCUAUAGAUCAAGAGGAAUCAGAAGAUCUUAUUGUUGCUCAGGAAGUGGAAGUGCAAGAAGUCAUUGAAAUUAACGUUCACACAGAAGAACAAGAACCACAACCACUUUCAUUGCUUUCUGGUAUUGAGGACACAGCAGCAGUUCAAGAAAGGCAGGACGAAAUCAAAACCAAAAAGAAGCAGUCAAAAUUCAGGUUCAUCAACUGUAAGCUAAGAUUAAAUGGACAGUCGUACUGUGGCACAGAGAAGGUUGGAAUUAUUGGCGAGCAGACAAUCGUGCAAAAGACAGGCAGAAAAAUGUUACCGCCUCCUUGUGAACACCAUAAUCUGCAAGAGCCAGAGGAGACAGAGAAGGCCCUAAAAUGUGGGAAGCUGACUGAGGAAGCUAGAAAUUCAGCAUUUACAACAUUUUGGAACCUGUCUUCUUGGGAAGCGAAGAAGAUCAUGGUCAAGUCCUUUGUUGAAAAGGCUCCUACAAUGAGGAAAGUGCCAAACUCGAAUAGGAGCAGAGAAAAUACCAUUAGGUAUUUUCUCCCGGACAUCGAUGGAUUAAAAGUAAGAGUGUGCCAAAGCAUGUUUGCCGCAACAUUUGGCCUCCACCCUGGUACAUUGUAUCAAUGGUUGGUUGACAGGAAGAGAGUGAGAGAAAAAGAUGACACAAAAGAAGUGAUUGAUGGGCAACUCUCUGGCUCUGGCGUCAACUCACACAAAAUUCAAAAGACUCCUGGUCCUAAAAAGAGGAAGCGAAGUGACAACGGCGAUGCUAGAAAAACUCAGUUGAAGGAAUUGCUUGAGAAACUGCCCAAAAUACCAUCGCAUUAUUGCAGACAGCAAGAUAAGCGGGUGUAUGUGGAAAGAAACUGGACUUCGCUGAGAGGAAUGCAUAAAUGGUACCAGUCUCAAGUAGAUUCGCCGCUCUCCUGGCCAAUCUUCCUUGAAGUGCUACAAGAGAUGAGCAUUGGCUUACAUCAGUGGCACAAAGACCUUUGCGACCUGUGCUCCGAAGUGAGGCUGUUGAAAAGCCGUAAACCAGAAGAACUCUCUGAACAAGAUCAUGACAAACUUGAAACUGCAGAACAGCACUUUGCAGAAACCCUAGAAGCAAAGAAAGAAAAAGACGAGAUCAAACACAAAGCUAAGGAGGACCAAGAAGGAAAGACUCUUGUAUUUUGUUUCGAUGUGCAGCAAGCCCUCCCAGUUCCGAAACUCAGAAACGAUGCUUCGUUCUUUCGAUUAAAAAUGUUGCUUCACAAUGUCACAAUGUUUGACAUGUGCACAAGGCAUGUUGAUUGCUACCUUUUCAGUGAAAUUGACUCCAGUGGAAAAGCAGAUACGUACAUUUCAUGCUUGAUUGACUACAUUGAGAAGAAACUUAAAGAAAGUCCUCAAAUCACUAAGAUCCAUAUGUUUUCGGACAACUGCGCAAGCCAAAACAAGAACUCAAAGCUGUCAAAUGCCCUUCUUCAUUUCUCAAUGAAACACAACGUGCUCAUCGACCAUCAUUACCUGGUGCGUGGCCAUACCCACCUUGAGGUAGACUCCUUCCAUGCAGCAUUUGAGAGAAAGACCAGCAAAGAAGAGGCCCACACAAUUGAAGAUUACGAGGAAUUCUUCAAGUCUUCCUUGAAUGACGGGGAUAAGGUGCACAUCCAUCGUCUGACCUUUGAUUUCUUCUCAAGCAUCCCCCAGUCAUUUGUCAAGUCCAUCAAACCCAGCAGUGGAUCAGGGGGAACGAAAGUGUGUGAGGUCCGUGCUUUCAGGUACGAACCCUCUGGCAGCCUUUUGUUCAAGCUCCAUGUCAAAGAAGAUUUCAAGCCAAUCCCUGCCAAGAUUAAUAUAAAUUCCAAUUUUGAACUGACCCCCCUUAACAAAGAGCCUGUCAGACUGUCUGCAGAAAAGCUGAAACACAUGACUGAGUUUCUUCCUUACAUUCCACUGCAAAAGCAAACUUCAUUCAAAAAAUAUUUGGAACAGUAAAAUAAUUAUGCAAAACAUCAUAAUUAUUGUCCUGCACCAUUUUUUUUUUGAAAGAAUAGUUUGAAAUAUUUGCAGUUUUCUCAAUUUUUUCUUCGUGUAUAACAAAGGUAUUAAUAAAAUGGACAGA